UAGGUAUUUCCCUUAGAUAAGUUUUGAUGGUGAUCCACAUCGGACAUCAGGCUAAACGGUGAUGGCAGACUCUGAUGCGCAAGAGACUCGCCAACCUGCAAAAGACUCUCCCUUCUCUAUAAAGAACCUGCUAAACAUCGAAGACAAACCCACAAAGCCCAAAAGUUUCCUCGGCUCAUCCAAAGCAGUGUUUGAAGCCAGCUUCUUCUCUCGGUUUGGUGACUUGUCUUUCCCUCGAUUUGAGUUGCCCACACAGAGAAUUGGACUAUCAGCGCAAUAUUUGGAGAGAGCGUCUACCUGGUGGUACCCAUACUCGCUCGGGACUCAUCUGAGGACUGGAGGGUCUGAGAAGGCCAACCUGAGGGAAGCUUCACCAGCACCGGACAGGCGCUCACCGGAUCUCCAAAAAAGUGACCAAGAUGCCAGAGAGGAAAGUGCCGAUGACGAUGUCGCGCUGGAGGAAAGCGACUCGGAAGAGCCAAAGAAAGAAAAAGACCAGGAGGACGACUGGAGGAGGAAAACGGACGAGCUGGACUCCGAGAGGAAGCCCUGUCGGAAGAAGAAGACGCGCACAGUGUUUUCCAGGAGUCAGGUCUUCCAGCUCGAGUCCACCUUCGACAUAAAGCGCUACCUAAGCAGCUCGGAGAGGGCCGGCCUGGCCGCGUCCCUGCACCUGACAGAGACGCAGGUCAAAAUCUGGUUUCAGAACCGGAGGAAUAAGUGGAAAAGGCAGCUGGCCGCGGAGCUGGAGGCGGCCAACCUGAGCCAUGCGGCGGCGCAGAGGAUUGUGCGGGUUCCCAUACUUUACCACGAGAACGGAGCCCCAGAAACGGCCGGGGGCCCUGUUGCAAACUCACCGGGCAGCCAGUCACUCCUGUCUUUUCCCCACCACAUGUACUAUUCCCACCCGGUCCCACUGCUGAGGCCUGUUUAACACUGACU